AUGUCAUCUUCUCGACGACACUCCGUGAGGCCGGUCAUCGUCGAGGUCAAACCUGACAAUGCACCGACCUCCAACAUCGCACCAUCCAGCCCAUCAUUACGAAAGGCAGUGCGCUUUGCGCCUAGGUCAGAAGACCGCGCGUCGCGACCGUUGACAUCGACUGAAGCUUGGUCGUUGUAUCAUUUCGAAAGCCAUGCGCGCCACUGUCCAGCCUGCUACUGCCCGCUGGAAGUCUACCGCCGGGGAGAACAAUUGUGCCCUAUAGGACAUGGCCUGGCACAAGACGUAGCUCUGCAUUGUUACCAUCUGAACGGAGAAGUCUACAGCACCACCAAGGACUCGAACUCCAACAAGCUCGUUCGCGUGGAGGUGCCGCAUGGGUACUCACAAUUGCGAUCGCUGCUUCGCUCUAUGGAACACAGACUGCGAUCGCACAGAGCAACACCACUCGUCAGCUACGACCGCUCUUACCCAAUCUCAGCCCGCAAGUCUUGGACACCAGAGACUGAGCCCGAGAAUGUCAUUCUGGAGACCGGAACAUCAUCACGACGACGUUCAACUCAUCGACCAGUCCGCUAUUCAACAGUCGUCGUCGUCGACAACGCCAUCGAAGACGUCUCAGCAACCACAUCUACCAAGGAAAGGCGCGGCACUCUUUAUGAAAAGGAAAUGCAGAGGAAGCCUAAAGACUAUCGCGUGGAGAUCCGAGAGCCUUCCGAGUCGAGAAAGGAGAGGAGGCGGCAUCGAGAUAGCGGUGUGUCUUUCUUUUAA